AGAUGGCGACUGUGGAACCGGAAACCACCCCUACUCCUAAUCCCCCACCUACAGAAGAAGAGAAAACAGAAUCUAAUCAGGAGGUUGCUAACCCAGAACACUAUAUUAAACAUCCUUUACAGAACAGAUGGGCACUCUGGUUUUUUAAAAAUGAUAAAAGCAAAACUUGGCAAGCAAACCUUCGGCUGAUCUCUAAGUUUGAUACUGUUGAAGACUUUUGGGCUCUGUACAACCAUAUCCAGUUGUCUAGUAAUUUAAUGCCUGGCUGUGACUACUCACUUUUUAAGGAUGGUAUUGAGCCUAUGUGGGAAGAUGAGAAAAACAAACGAGGAGGACGAUGGCUAAUUACAUUGAACAAACAGCAGAGACGAAGUGACCUCGAUCGCUUUUGGCUAGAGACACUGCUGUGCCUUAUUGGAGAAUCUUUUGAUGACUACAGUGAUGAUGUAUGUGGAGCUGUGGUUAAUGUUAGAGCUAAAGGUGAUAAAAUAGCAAUAUGGACUACUGAAUGUGAAAACAGAGAAGCUGUUACACAUAUAGGGAGGGUAUACAAGGAAAGGUUAGGACUUCCUCCAAAGAUAGUGAUUGGUUAUCAGUCCCAUGCAGACACAGCUACUAAGAGCGGCUCCACCACUAAAAAUAGGUUUGUUGUUUAAGAAGACACCUUCUGAGUAUUCUCAUAGGAGACUGCGUCAAGCAAUCGAGAUUUGGGAGCUGAACCAAAGCCUCUUCAAAAGCAGAGUGGACUGCAUUUAAAUUUGAUUUCCAUCUAAAUGUUGCUAAGAUAUAAGAGAAGUCUCAUUCGCCUUUGUCUUGUACUUCUGUGUUCAUUUUUUUUUUUUUUUUUA